AUGGCUGUCAUGAACAACUGGCUGGGAUUCUCUCUCUCAUCAAAUCAACAUCACCACCCUCAAAACCCAGAACUAGGGUUUCACUCAGAUCAUCCUCAUGAAUGCUUUGAUCCCAUUUUUGAAACCUUCAACACAAACCCUCCACCCCAAGAUUGGAAUGUGAAGGACGACAGCAAUAUCGACUCCUUCUCAUGCAACCAAAAUCAAGAAACCCCAAAACUAGAGAAUUUUCUUGAAGUUGGAGUCCAAUCUUUUGCUGCUGCUGAUGAUGAUAAUCAUCACAACAUGAUUAAUGGAAGUAGUCACAACAUGGGCCUCUCCAUGAUCAAGAACUGGCUGAGAAGCCACGCUGCGCCGCCGCCUGUGGACAAGCCAGUUGACGAAGCUCCGCCUCCUCCGCCGGAGGCGCUGUCCCUCUCCAUGAGCACAAGCUCCCAUUCAUCAGACAGCAAACUCGGCGGCGGAGGAGGCUGUGCAGUUGAAUCUGUGCCAAGGAAAAAUAUAGAAACGUUUGGACAAAGAACUUCAAUUUAUCGUGGUGUAACAAGGCAUAGAUGGACUGGGAGGUAUGAAGCACAUUUGUGGGAUAAUAGUUGCAGAAGAGAAGGCCAAACUCGGAAAGGAAGGCAAGUUUAUUUGGGAGGUUAUGACAAGGAAGAGAAGGCUGCUCGGGCUUAUGAUUUAGCUGCCUUGAAAUAUUGGGGAACCACCACCACCACAAAUUUACCUAUUAGCAAUUAUGAGACAGAAAUUGAGGAAAUGAAGCACAUGACAAGGCAGGAAUAUGUUGCAUCACUUAGAAGAAAAAGCACUGGAUUUUCUCGAGGUGCAUCGAUUUACCGAGGUGUUACAAGACAUCACCAGCAUGGAAGAUGGCAAGCAAGGAUAGGAAGAGUGGCAGGGAACAAAGAUCUUUAUUUAGGAACUUUCAGCACACAAGAGGAGGCAGCCGAAGCAUAUGACGUGGCAGCCAUCAAAUUCCGCGGCCUGAACGCAGUCACGAACUUCGAGACGAGUCGCUACGACGUUCGGGGCAUCAUGGAGAGCGUCAGCCUCCCCAUCGGCGCAAAGCGCCUCAAGGAAGGCGGGAAAGGUGAUAUGCGCUUAUUGCAAAUGCAACGUGCCGACAAAGGCACCCUAAAUAAUACCUACAGCUGGCCCAUUAUCGGGUUUGAGCAGGCCCGGCCCACUAACAUACACCCAUACCAAAGAAUGUGGUGCAAACAAGAUGAAGAUGCUAAUGUGGGAUUUAAUGAUAUUUAUCAUCAUCUUCAGUUAGGGGGAAAUCAAGGUUUCUUGCAAACCUCAAUGUUGCAGCUAAGCAAUCUUUCUGGCCUCGACUCCGUGCCUGGGCCGGUGUCGUAUGAGAACAAUGCAGCUUGUGUUGGGAGUGGUUUUGGAUAUGAGGGCGCGUUUGGAUCGUCGGGGGAUGCUUAUAGGAAUUUGUACCAUCAGUCUCAGCAAUUGCCGUCUAGUGGUAGCGCCAUCACAAAUGACUGCACAAUGUGGAACGGGACUUGAGGGCCGUUCGAGAGAAGUAUGUGCCAUCGAACAAACUAUGUAACGUAUUUGUUUAAUUUGUAUUUUGGUAAGAAUUGAUUAGGAUGUGGCUGUAGUU